AAUUUGACGAGUCAGAAUUGAAUUCUGUCGGUCAUCGCAGUCAUCCGACCCUCAUUUUUCUUUUUCUUCUCUACCUCUGUCAACCUCCACUUCGUUGCGGAGAGAUCAAAGAAAUAAUACCAACAUGAGCCAACUCGAGGACACUGUCGCUACUAUUAGUCCCGAAGAUGCCGAGAGCACUGUCGGUACGACGGCUGCCAUUGUCACGUCGGUGAUUGGGCUCGUCUUGGUGGCCGUCUUUGUCGUAUUGGCCACCUUCAAGUUUCGUCGCACCCAAGGCCGUCUCUGGAAGUUUCAUGCCAUGUUUACGGCCGUCGUGGCCGUACUCGUCUUGCUCACACCACUCUCAGUCAAACAUGUCGUCUUUUCCAGUGCCGGAGUCGUCGUGGCCGGGACUAUUUUCCCAUUUUACAUGAGUUUAAAGGCACUCUGUACGCCCUCCACGGCCGAUGAUAUGGAAUGGUUGACUUAUUGGACGUGUUCGGGAGCUGUUUUUUUUAUCACGGCUUAUCUGAAGGAUUACCAGCUUGCUUCCGAACAAGUGCAGCUCUAUUGGUACCAGUUUGAGUUCUUCUUCUUCAUUUGGCUAUAUCUACCAUUCACGGAUGGAGCCACACUCAUCUUUGACUACAUUACUCGACCCGUAUUGGCACCUGUCAUUGAACCCGUCAGCAACAAAAUGGGCACUUGGAUUUCUGGACUUGUCAUGACAAUCAUCAAUGCGUCACAUCUAUGGGCAUUAUGGGCAUUCUUCAUCAUAUUACCAAAGGGAUUGAAACGAUUCGUUACCAUUGCCAUUGGCACCGCAUUUCCCUUGCUCGCUUCCAUUACCGCCGUCACCACCGAUGACAAAACCGAUGAUACCUUUUGGCUCACAUACUGGAGUUGCUAUUCCCUCUUGUUUCUCAUUAUGGAUUGGACCGAAACCUGGUUGGGAUCCAUUUGGGGCUUUUAUACCGUCAUGCUAUUUACCACCGUCUACCUCAUGUUGCCCAUGUUUCAAGGAUCCGACAAGGUCUUUCGUCAUGUACUGGUGCCAUUGGCGGGAUUGAGGGAGAGUUUACUCAUGCGGGAUGCCGUACUCUUGAAAAAGGAUUUGAUGGCCAGUAUACCAGAAGAUCGACAAGCGGAACUACGGAGACUCAUUGCCCAUUCCUUUAAUACCGAUACACCCGAUGAAGAGGAUGACGCACAGGAUGAUCGAAUGGAAAUCAAUCCAGAGAAUGCCAAGUUGUUGUGGUCCACGAGCAUGUGGAAUCGAAAAUCCAAGAGAAAGUUGAAUGCAUCCGAGCGGAGUGAUGGUGCUCCUGCCAAUGAAAGCACUUCUCUGGUAUGAAUUGAAGGAUGUGUGGUUUUGUUUUCCACGUCGUGGUGCCACUGUGAACCCAUCAAUCAUCAGUUAGCAUCGCAUCAAGGUGGCUGCAAAUGAUUCUACUUGCAAAUUAUGUUUGGAUUGUUGUAUUUGUUGUGUUGUAAGAUAUUAUUCCUCUAGUUUUCCACUACUUUUUCUAUGA